AUGCGACACUCAAGAUAUGUGAGCCACUCGCCUUCGAUAUCAUCAUCGGCAUCCACUCAACAAAGUUCAUCCAAUAAAUUGAAAUCUCCUGCACCAUCUGAUUAUGAAUACGUUGGGCGAUUGGUAACGCGGGAACGGCCGAUCGUACAGAAAUCGAAAUCAGCACAUCAAAAUUCUGUUUUUCCUCAAACGAGACAUCAAUACCACCAUGUAGCACCAUCUAAUCAUCAGCCAGUUUACGAAGAAGUUUCGUGUUCAUCCAGUGGCGGUGAAGAUGGUGACGAAAUCGAUAGUUUAAGUAAACCACUCGGCGUUAUACGAAUCAAUGACCGCCAUCUAAGAGAAAUCUAUCGGUUGCCAACACCACCACCCAAGGUUAAACGGGUAUACCAUCGACUUCGAUCACCUGAAACGAAGGUGAUCGAACGCGUAUUCGUUCGUCGUCCUCCGCCACAAAUAAUCGAGAAUAUUAUUGAAGUACCACCAGAAAAAGUUCGCAUAAUAAACAGAGAAAAAAUUCUAGGAAAAUCAAAACCUAUCACACGAUCGAAGUUAAUACGUUUGAAAGCACAGCAACGCGAUCGAGGAGUAGACCAGCAAAUUAUAGAAGAAGGGGAAGAAGGAGAACAACAACAACAACAACAAGAAACACAACCGAUCGUUGCUCCUACUCAAGUCUAUGCUCAAUCUCAAUCACAACAGCAACAAACAGCUCAACCAGCUUUUACUCAUGCUCAAUCCUAUCUUCAGCCUCAACCUCAACAAGUGACAUGUAACCCGUCUGGAGGAUGCUAUCCACAGCAAGCAGCAGCAAAUGCUGUGACUAGUGCAUACGCACCUCAGCAACCAAUUCAAACAACAACCGUUUCUUUCAAUCCUCCUCAUCAACCUACAACAACAACUACAAGCACAGCAAUGGUUUACCCUUUCCAAACACACGUACAUGGACCUGGUUGUUUCCAUGCAACGAUGCCAUCCAAUGCUAUGUUUAAUCCUCAGCAAACACUUCGGAUCCCUACUCCUCAAGCACCUCAAGGGUCGCCCUACACUUUUGUACCACAAAAAGUAGACAAUCAUCAAAUGAUUGCCCCAUCCACACCCUAUGCCUAUGCACCUCAGCAUACUGCUCCCGUAAUGUCAUAUGGAAACGCUCGCUAUUAG